AUGGGCUCAGUUGCACAGGGUUUUACCAAGUCUCUGGCGAUGACUAUUCUGUCCGAGAUCGGCGACAAGACCUUCAUCGCCGCCGCGAUAUUGGCAAUGCGCCAUCCAAGGAGGCUUGUUUUGGCAGGAUGCCUGGGUGCAUUGAUCGUUAUGACUAUGCUUUCUGCUGUUGUCGGUUGGGCUGCUCCAAAUCUGCUCUCUCGUACAUGGACACAUCAUAUCACGACAGUAUUGUUUUUUGGCUUUGGGCUUUGGUCUUUGUGGGAUGGAUUUAAAGGAGAUGGGGAUGCUGAUGAAUUGGCUGAAGUGGAAGCAGAAUUGGAUGCUGAUUGGAAAUCUAGUGCUGGAACGAACAAGGAAGAUAGCAAGAAUGGGGAUGAGUCAAAAAAGAAAAGGCGGCCAUUUAUGGCACAGUUCUUUUCACCUAUUUUGUUGAAGGCUUUCUCCAUUACAUUCUUUGGUGAAUGGGGCGACAAGAGUCAGCUAGCUACUAUUGGUUUGGCAGCUGAUGAGAAUCCAUUUGGUGUUGUUCUUGGUGGGAUUUUAGGACAAGCAUUGUGUACAACUGCUGCUGUUGUAGGAGGGAAGAGCUUGGCCUCACAGAUAUCUGAGAGAAUGGUUGCCCUCUCAGGUGGAAUUCUAUUCAUUGUAUUUGGCAUCCAAUCCUUUCUUUCAGACGUCAGCUAA